AGAUUUAAUAAUGUUGUUUUUUAUAGAUUACUUUAAUAUAUUUAUUAUUUUAUAUUUAAAGUAUAAAGAUUAAGUGUAUAUUGUGUACUAUAUGUAUUUUGUUUUUGUUAUUUAAAUAGAUACGACCUAGGUCAAUACAGCGUGCUAAUGAGCAAACUAAUAUUAAAAUAAUGGUGUUGUUUAGUUUAUAUUUUAUAAUAGUAUGUAAAUCUAUUAUUCAUAUAUUCGAGUACCUAUUUUACCAGUUAGUCCGUACACACUUGUAAAAGUAUAGUUAUUAUCCUAUUUCCUGAACUCUUAUGUGUACCAAAGUAAACAUUUAGAAAAAAAGCAUUUGUUAAAAUGAAUGCCUUUAUAAGAAAAACUAAUAAUAAGUGUUUGUACUUGUAUAGAAACAAUACUUCGACAAUGAGAUUUAACCGGUAUAAAAGUGUUGAGACGAGAAUUGGUGGAUUUGGUGGAGGAGGUUCAAUUGGAGAUUCAGGUGAAAACAAACACGAAGCUUCUUCAGAAGAACAAUAUUUUUAUAAAGAAAAUAAGUUUCAAGUUGAAAAAUUAAAACAAAUUAUUGCGUUUCGGAACAAGCAGAUAGAUGAACACAUCGAGGACAUUGUAAAAAGUAUAAAAAAGUUUGACAAAAAAUAAAUGACACCAUACUAUUUUCAUUGGUAUUUCGUACGAAUACUAUAAGAAUAACUAUCGUGUUAAUUUUAAUUAUUUAAAACUUAUAUUAUUUAAAAUAUAAUUAUACAUUAAUACAUCUUACGGUAUGUUAUAUAUUAAUGUCAUAAUGUCAUAGUCAAAUAGUCAUAUUAAUGAUAUAUUAAAUGAUAGAAUUUUUUAUUGAUUAUAAAUUUUCUAAUUUUUUAAUUGAACAACUACCUAUCCUAACGGUUUCACUUUCGGAUGACACCCCAAAAGGCUUAAAUUAAAAUAGUUUAGAGAUUUUUUUACAAAUUUGAUUUUUAAUUCAAAAUUAAAUUAAUUUCCCAACGGUAAUGGUACUGUUGAAUGUCUUUCCACAAAUACUAUACUUAUUAAUUAACUAAAUUUCCUUUUUGUCAUCAUAUUUAAGGUUUACUUAGUACGGCAUAUUGGCAUAGUAUGUUGUAUAGAUUGUGAUUCCAUUUUUCAAUUAGUACCUAUAGUGAAAAAAAUCAAAUCAACACUCUAUCUCCCUUUGGCCUAUAAUUUUGACGAUCCAGAAUUUGUA